UUUUUUUUUCUCUCUCGUGGGCUUUCUUUCAGUGUGGCGGAACACUUCGAAAUCGCGAAACUCCCAUUCGUUGUCUUCACAACAAAAAUACCCUGAAUACGUGUACUUGUCGCAUGUAAACAAGCCCUGUCUGGAGAGUACUUUCAUGUCAUCUCCAGCUGGGUUAUAGGCUCAGCAGUGCCAAACAAACUUCCUCUCCCGAUGGAUGCCAAGCAGCUCUUGUGCCGGGGUUAUCCUGAACCACUCCCUAGACCUGGCUGAGUCUCUUCGACAUAGCUCUGUCUGGGGGUCCCGGGACGUGGACGAUUCCUUCGCCUCUCAAUUCCUUUGCCUCUGUACAUUCCCUCUGUACAUUCCCUCGUCCAUGAUGCUGAGUCUGGGACAGAAUUGAAUAAACAGAACCAGCGACCUGGAAGGUAUGGAGAAGUUGGUAAAGCAGUCUCAGGACCUACCCCUGAUACUCAAACUUGAACAGCUGAGGCAGUGGCAGCAACACAUGCAGGAGCAACUGAAAGCCCACCAGCUGGAAGAGCUGGUCCAUCUCCAGGAGGAGCAACAGAGGCUACUUGGCAUGGUGCAUGUGGCUCAACAGGAUGGAGCAGAUUACAUAGAGACCUCCAGGUUGACGGUAGCAGACUGGAGAGAGGGAACUCUAUUGGGGGAUGCCCCCCUUUCUCAAAGUUCCCCAACAGCCCAGAGCUUCCCUAUAGGCCCCCCACAAGGGCCUGCAAACUUCCCAGCUUUGGAGACAGGGGCCUACCUUCCAACAGCCUCCAAGGGGCCAGGAGCAGGAGGGAGAGGAUCAGGACCAAACACUGGGGACAGAAGCAUGGAGCAGUCCACACAAACAUCAGCUGAGUGGGAAUGCUGAUCAUAUGGGUGAUAAUGAGGAGAUGGAAGAAGUCAUGUUAUCCCCCCAUUCUGCUCCCUCUAUGAUUGAAGAAUGCAAAGAUUAGAGGAGAUGACAGUGAACUAGACUCACAGGACAGGAAUAGAGGGGCAGAAGCAGACAUUUGAGGAGCUCCUGGAGGAAGAGCUGAGACUGGAGGAGCAGAGACUGAAGACCACCUAGCAGCAGCAGAGCCCAGAGGCAGUUGAGGGUGCCAUUCCCAAAAGGGUCUUCCUGAGGCGAGGGGAGGGCCUCUCCAGAUUCACCAAUAGAAGCAAAGCCAACAGACAGAGACCCCAAAAAGACCCCAAACCCCAGGGGACCUCAGAACCUAAGCCCACCCAGAGGGUCAAUCAGUGGUCUCCCAUACAGCGCAAGACUGCUGUUCUCAACAAGGCAAAUAGACCCAGAGAUCCCUGCUCACCCCCCCUGGACAGUGGCAGUCCAGACAGCAAGGCAGCGCAGCCCGAGGCAGUGAGACCCGGAGUCCUGGGCAGUCACCACAGACAGAACAUGGCGACACCUGACCUUCUAAGACCUAGGAAUGUGAUUAGUAACAGGGUGGGUGGGACUUCUACUCACAGGCUGAGAACUCCUGCAGCUGCAAUUAAACAGUUUGGGCUUGAGGAGAGGACUGGGGCCCUGCAGAGAAAUGGAAGUGGUCCAUUGAGACUAGAUGGAGCAGCAGAGGGAAAACCAGGCGAUGUUUCAGAGUAUUCCUUUGAGCUGUCGUUUCAGGAGAAGCUGCAGCGCUGGGACUGUGACCGUCACAAGAGUGUGUGGAGCCAGGAGAGUUUGAGCUGCUGGAGCAGGCAGCCAAGGAGCUCUCUGCUUUUAUACCUGUCUUUUUUUAUCAUGUAUGGCAUUAACAUUUUUUCAUAUGUUUCACAAAUUAAUGCUACACAAUUGCUUAGUAAAUGUAAACCUACAGGUGCUGCAGCUGGACCAGCAACACCCCCUCCAUGGCAGCUGGGGGCACCACCCUCUACGCCUGUCCUCCACGCCAAUCAAAUCCCCCAAACCCUUGCCAACUAAAGGUAUUCACAGCGGAGGCACCAGUAAAAGUGGCCUAGGAACAGGGACCAGCUCCUCUGAAUCAUCAGGAGUAUCUGCUGUGAGGGCAAAGGAGGUUGUGAUGAGGGAAAAAGGAAAAGCCAUUGAGGAGGAAGAUGAAAUGAGGGACCGCAAACAACAUGAGGAAAUCUGUAUUUCGUUCCAUAGCAGCUCUGAAUUCGGGGAUCAGGAGGAAGUAGGCCGACCGCCGUACCAAACUAUAUUUCCCAGCAACCCCUGGGAAAACACGCUCCCCACAUCCAGCCCUUCAUACGACAAGAGGUCAUAUCAGGACAGAGAGGGGGGCUCAGGCCAGGCAGAGGGGGGCAGGGAGAGUGACCUUGAUGACUCAACCCUAUUGGAAGACAGAGAAGAGGGGGACCGCAAGGGUCGUUUUGUGUUUGACGAUGACACCUGGAAUGACCUGGAGGUGGCAGGCAGAAUCGUUGAGGACCCCAUCAGAACAAAAGGCGCUGCUACAGGAAACAGCCACACUCUCACAAUAACAGGGAACGAUGUCUCACCCCCAGAGAGGAAGCUGAAGAGAAAGGUGGCUGGGGCCGAGCUGGAGAGGGUGUCAAUUAUCACAGCAGCCAACCAGGAGCCAGAUCCUCCUCCCACCUCCCAGCUUAUGGCCAGGCUGUUCCCCUCGCUGAAGCCCAAGACCCAGGCCCCUCCUCCACCAGAGCCUAGGAAGUCUGAGAACGGACCAGGCCAGCAGCAGCAGUCCAGGCAGCUGAGGGAGAGAGAACGAUUCAGGACAGAGAACACUGCCCUGGCCAGACUCCGACUGGAGAACGAGAAUAACCAGGAAUAUCUCAGGAAGGAGAGGGCAGAGUUUGAGCAGCAGAAGGCUGAGGAGCUGGCCAGGUUUGAAGAGUUCAAGAGGGAGGAGACUAAGAAGCUGCAGAAGGAACGCAAGGUGUUUGAGAAGCACACCUCCGCCGCCAGGGCCAUACCAGAUAAGAGGGAGCGCGACGAGAUCCAGGCCCUGAAGCAGCAGCUGAGUUCCCUACACAAGGAGCUGAAGUGGAGAGAGAGCCGCUGGUCCAACACACACAGGCGUCUCCGACAGCAGAUCGACUCCCUGAGCUCAGACAACAGUGCCCUGAGAGACGAGGUCCGCACCCUGGAGAAACUAAGCCUCGGCACCUGGAGGAAGACUGGGACAGACAGCGACAGAGAGGAAGACCGGCGGGAGAAUGAGAGGGACCCAGGCCAAUUGACAGCAACAUUGCUCUUGGAGCCCCAGGGGCCUCAAAUCAGCAGUGAGUUUAGAUUUACUAUUACCACCAUUUUGUGAUUUGCCUGUUUUAUUCUGUGUUCUGAAUUCACCACGAAGGUUGUUAAAUUCUCUGUUGGACUAAUGCAAUGUGUGUUCAGAGUCCUGACACAGUGAGGAGUUGCCCACCACAGAGCAGUAGCUCCUCUAGAGGCAGUGCUGCUAUUGAAGGUACAAGGAAUGCAGCUACAUAUGGACUAAUCAUGAUACUUACCACAGACUAGGAGUUGAAUAAAUAUAAUUUCUUGAUUUAUUCAUAUGUGGAGGUAUUGUUCUACAUUGUGUGGUCUGUUAGACAGUAUCAGGGGCAUCCUAAAGAGGUCAGCCCCUACAGCAGCCGCAGCACCCGAUCCCACUCAGUUACAGCUCAGACGAACAACCAUCUUUGACCAGAAGUCACCACCCACCAGAGCCACGACCACUCACACAACCUCUCCCCUGUGAGUUAGGAACGCGCAUAGAUUUCAUCUGACAUAAAUCACUAGCCCUAUUUAAUGAAAGUACCUCCAUGGCAUAGCUCCACACUGCUAUACACCCAGAGAAAUUACAUAACUAUAUGUCAUUUUAAUAGGAUCUCUGUGUAUACACCACCAUUGUUGUUGAGUGUUGCUAUGGUGUUUGAAUGUACCCACAGAGGUCUGCAGACUGAGUCCAGAGGUCAACGAGCAGCAAUGUCAUCAUUCACCCGGAUGGAAAGGUGAGGGGGGGGAUGAGAAAUAUUGGGAGGGAAUUCUGUGAAAAUAAUUUUGAAUUUAGUUUCACUCAAAGCAGGUAGUCUCAGAGCCAUACAUUAUAUUAAGAGUUCGGCCAGGUUUUAGAAUGGAGGCGGAAGUGUCAAUUAUCACUAGCAACGGCUAUGGAGGAGAAAGUGGAGUCUCGGAACGUUCAGACAGAAAUUGCAGUGGCCCGGCUUCCUAAAUACUGCACACUGAGUCACCUUCCUAAUAUUGAGUUGCACGCCCUUUUGCACUCAGAACAGAAUCAAUUUGUCGGGGCAUGGACUCAAGGUGUUGAAUGCGUGCCACAGUUGUCAAGUUGGCUGGAUGUCCUUUGGUUGGUGGACCAUUAUUCAUAAAUGGGAAACUGUUGUGUGAAAAACACAGCAGCAUUGCAGUUCUUGACACAACUGUACCAUACCCCGUUCAAAUCUUGUCUUGCACACUCACUCUGAAUGGCACACAAACACAAUCCGUCUCUAGGCUUAAAAAUCCUUCUUUAACCCGUCUCCUCCCCUUUACCUACACUGAUUGAAGUGGAUUAAACUGAUUAUUUUUUAUUUAACUAGGCAGUCAUUUAAGAACAUUCUUAUUUACAAUGACGGCCUAGGAACAGUGGGUUAACUGCCUUGUUCAGGGGCAGAACAGAUUUUUACCUUGGGAAUUCGAUCCAGCAACCUUUCGGUUACUGGCCCAACUCUGUAACCACUAGGCUACCUGCCGCCAUAGCUUAAACCUGGUCAGUCUGUCAUGGAAGGAGCAGGUGUGCCUAAUGUUUUGUGCACAUGACUCUGGAUUGUAUUCAUGGAUGUAUUUAGUGCUUUACAUUGUAUGUAUGUGUUCCUGUUGAAGAUGGAGAGGGUGCUGGCCUGUGGAGGGAGACUCAUCUCUCCCAAUGGGACCAGGAAGGAGGUGUUAGCGGACAGCCAAUGUCACCUUCUUCAACAGGGACAUCAAGCAUGUUAUGGCUGACCAGAGUGAUCUACUAUGCUGAUGCCCAGACCACUCACACCACCUAUCCUGACGGCAUCGAGGUUCUGCAGUUCCCCAACAACCAGACUGAGAAGCAUUUCCCUGAUGGUUGUAAGGAGAUCACGUACCCUGACCAGUUAAGAACCUGUAUGCAGAUGGGACGGAGGAGUGUACACUCACUGAUGGGACCAUCAUUCAAGUUAACCUGGAUGGCAGUAAGGAGAUCCGGGUCCACACAGCAGACUACAAAAGGAGGGAGUACCCAGAUGGCACUUUGAAGACAGUUUAUACAGAUGGCAGACAGGAGACCUGCUACACCACCGGACCAACAGGCCCUAGGACUGAAUCAUGUGUUUCGAGAAGUUUUUAGUUUAGUGUGGUGCGAGUGUCUGUUUUAUGUCUUUAUUUUAGCUGAUUGUAAUUUCUUUUGUAAAAUAAAUGUUUAUCAAAUUCCUGUGCAUACAUUUAGGGAGUGUAUUAAAAAGUCAGACACAUUGAAGCAGUUU